CUUGCCAAAAAUCAUAGUACAAAUUAAUCUUUCAUUUCCGCUCGAGAGAUCUAGAGAAAGAAUGGGUUCCAUCAUUGCUGAAUUAAAAAAACCUCAUGCAGUUUGCAUACCGUACCCUGCCCAAGGCCAUAUUAACCCCAUGUUAAAGCUAGCUAAAAUCCUUCAUCACAAAGGCUUUCACAUCACUUUUGUCAAUACUGAAUUUAACCAUAGACGUCUUCUUAAGACUCAUGGCCCUGAUUCCCUCAAGGGCAUAUCUUCUUUCCGUUUUGAGACCAUUCCUGAUGGACUUCCACCAUGUGAUUCCGAUGCGACACAAGACAUACCUUCUUUGUGUGAAUCUACAACCACUACUUGCUUAGGUCCCUUUACCGAUCUUCUUGCCAAGCUAAAUGAUACUAACACAUCCAACGUGCCACCCGUCUCGUGCAUCGUUUCUGAUGGUAGCAUGAGCUUCACCCUAGCUGCUGCACAAGAAUUGGGUGUCCCUGAUGUUCAGCUCUGGACAAUUAGUGCUUGUGGUUUCUUAGGUUACUUGCAUUACUACAAGGUUUUUGAAAAAGGAUAUGCUCCACUGAAAGAUGCGAGUGACUUGACAAAUGGGUACCUAGAGACAACUUUAGAUUGGAUAACGGCUAUGAAAGAUGUACGUUUAAGAGAUCUUCCAAGUUUCUUGAGAACUACAAAUCCAGAUGAAUUUAUGAUCAAAUUUGUGUUCCAAGAAACAGAGAGAGCAAGAAAGGCUUCUGCAAUUAUCCUCAACACGUUUGAGACACUAGAGAGUGAAGUCCUUGAAUCACUCCGAAAUCUUCUUCCUCCAGUCUACUCUAUAGGACCUUUGCAUUUGCUAGUGAAACACGUUGAUGAUGAGAAAUUGAAAGGUCUCGGAUCUAGUCUUUGGAAAGAGGAACCAGAGUGUAUACAAUGGCUUGAUUCUAAAGAACCAAAUUCUGUUGUUUAUGUCAACUUUGGAAGCAUUACUGUUAUGACUCCUAAUCAACUUAUUGAAUUUGCUUGGGGACUUGCAAACAGCCGGCAAACCUUUUUAUGGAUCAUAAGACCUGAUAUUGUUUCAGGUGAUACAGCAAUUCUUCCACCCGAAUUCGUGGAAGAAACGAAGAACAGAGGAAUGCUUGCUAGUUGGUGCCCACAAGAAGAAGUACUUAGCCAUUCAGCAAUUGGAGGAUUCUUGACUCAUAGUGGAUGGAAUUCUACCCUCGAAAGUAUAAGCAGUGGGGUGCCCAUGAUAUGCUGGCCAUUUUUCGCUGAACAACAGACAAAUUGUUGGUUUUCUGUCACUAAAUGGGAUGUUGGAAUGGAGAUUGAUAAUAAUGUGAAGAGGGAUGAAGUCGAAAGCCUUGUGAGAGAAUUGAUGGUUGGUGACAAAGGCAAGAAAAUGAAGGAAAAGGCAAUGGAAUGGAAGAAAUUGGCUGAAAUUGCUGCUGCAGAACAUUCAGGUUCAUCUUAUGUGAACAUUGAGAAGGUGGUCAAUGAUAUUCUUCUUCCAACCAAACAUGAAGUUAAGGAGGUUAAUUAACUAAGGUGUAUGAAUUUCUAUAUAUCUUCCUCUUCUCCUUGUGUUUUUGUAAUAGUUUUUCGUAGUUCUUUCCUUUCUUCCGUACUUUUGCAUUGUCAUACUUUGAUAUAGUGGCGGAAAAAUGAGUAAUUAAAACAGGUAUCCACCUAUAUUAUCUACUAAAAAGUGGGUUGGAUAAUGAACUGUUUCAAAAAUGGAUCAAAUAUGGAUAAAAUCUAUAUUAUCCACUAAAAAAAUGAAUAAUCAAUGAGUUUAACUUUUA